UCAAAAUCCUUAGGCAAUCUCCAUUAGAACCUCAAGAGAUGGCUAACCCUUGGGGUGGGUUGCAAGAAGGCAACACCAUGAAUUCACCCUUCAAUCCUCCAAUAAUUGCCACCAUCGUUCUUGUAGCCAUAGCUUUCUUGUUUGUGACCUACUACAAGUUCUUCUUCAACCAUUUUAGGCCAUGUCUUCCAUGUCUACAAAGAGAAGGUGAAACUGAGGGAGCCACCUAUCCUGUUGUGAAUGACUCGGAGGCGUUUCUCCCAACCGUACAUCCAUCAGGGUUUAAUGAAACUUGGCUCCAAAGAAUUCCUAUGUACCAGUUUACGGACAGUGGUGGUCGCCCCGAAAGCAAGACAGAUUGUGCAGUUUGCCUCGGGAAGUUCUCGAGUAAGGACCUUAUGAGGGUUCUUCCAUUGUGCAACCAUAUUUUUCAUAUGAGUUGUGUUGAUGUGUGGCUUAGGGGACACACUAGUUGCCCUUUGUGCAGGGCUUAUGUGGGGGUGGCCCCUGAGCUAUGGCCUCAUUUACCUGGUUUCAAGAAGUUCAUUCAAUAUGAGGAAGAGGGGGAUGGAGGAGGUUAUGGGUUGGGGGAUUUCUUUAGUGUGAGGAUGCAAGUGUUGGAGGAAGAAGAGAGGAGGAGGAGAGAGAAGGGGGAAGAAGAGGAGAGAAGUGAAAUAGAGGAAAGAAAGGAUGGAGGGGAUGUGGUUUUUAUGAAGAGGUGUUUUUCUUUGGGUUCUAUAGAGAAGGGGAGGGGUUGGGCUGCAAGGAGUAGAGGCCCUGAUAUUGAUGACAUUGAGGCAAUUUUAUCUCCAAGGGUGAGGGUCAUAAGGGGACAGGAUCAUUGAAAUGGAUCACAUAUGAAGUAUCCUUAGGCUUUUCUCAAAGGGUUGCUUUUUGAGGGACCUCAAGUUUGGUCUCCACCAUUGAUUUCUCUUGCAGGUACUUUUAUGCUGCUCUUUGGUAUAUGGCGGUCUUCCUCCAUUUGUCCAAGUUUAAGUUUCCUUUUCUUUUGUUCUUCUUCUUCUUUUCCUUUGGCUCUUCUUUAUCUUCUCCAUAAAUGGACACUAAACAGCCCCAAUCUCUAUAGGGGUAACUUUCAUAAUCUACCAUGGGCAAGUGCAAAAUACAGCCUUUGCGGUGACCAUAUUUUGUACCAAUCAACAUACAUUAACCAACUUUUUAAAACCUGGAAUUAGGUUUUGGAUCACCCAUUCACUAUCUUGAUUAGAUUGGUGAUCUAGAUCAGCUGAAUCUGUAGAAAUUCCGCAAAAACGUUUAAUAAGAUAUUGGUAUCGAGUGAUUCUGCAAAGGGAUGACUCAAUUCACUCACCCAACGAUUGAGAUCCAGAUUGAC